UGGCUCCUAGGCGGGAGCUGGGUCCCUGCACACGCAGGCUGACAGCGGCCUGCCCCACACCUCGGAACUCGAAGCCAGGCAGGGGCAGGGGCAGCCGACGGCCUGGCCCCAAAAUUGCCGGCCCAGAGCCUGAAGCGCUCCCGGCGCGCACCCCAGCCGGCCGAGCCCAGGGGAGAGGGAGGAUACAGAGCCCGCGCCGGGCCCUCCCUUGCCUCUGACGCGAUCAGGCGGCGUCACUCGCCCGGUGGCAGCGUCUCCUGAACCGACCGGAGGCAGCGGCCUGCGCCAUGGCCCGGCAGGGGCGAAGCGGCACCGAUACCCGCGCGGCGGCGGCUCCGGCGCAGUGAUCGCGGCCGGCUGCCCGGCUCCGCCUCUGGCGCGGGCUUGGUACCAUGUGCAGGAAGCGCCGCCGGGGGCUCUCUUAGUGAACCCUUUUCCGAGGAGCCCGCUGCGUCUCAGCGGCCGCCAUGGACAAGCAGGGGCCGGCGGGGCCCAGCGCCGCAGCGCGCCGAGACUUCUACUGGCUCCGCGCCUUCGUGGCGGGAGGUGUUGCAGGAUGUUGUGCCAAAACAACCAUUGCACCAUUGGAUCGAGUUAAGAUUUUACUGCAAGCUCAUAAUCACCAUUACAAACACCUAGGAGUAUUUUCUACAUUGUGUGCUAUCCCGCAAAAGGAGGGUUUCCUUGGGUUGUAUAAAGGAAACGGGGCAAUGAUGAUUAGAAUAUUUCCAUAUGGUGCAAUUCAGUUUGUGGCUUUUGAGCAAUAUAAAAAGCUAAUAAAGGUGCAGCUUGGGAUUUCUGGGCUUGUGCACAACUUACUGGCUGGAUCCAUGGCAGGUAUAACAGCAGUCAUUUGUACUUAUCCUCUUGAUAUGGUUAGAGCACGCCUGGCAUUCCAAGUAAAAGGGGAUCACAAGUACACAGGAAUUAUUCAUGCAUUCAAGACUAUUUAUACAAAGGAAGGAGGUUUCCGUGGAUUUUACAGAGGACUGAUGCCUACAGUUGUAGGAAUGGCUCCUUAUUCAGGAUCACAAUCUCCUCCUGCAUUCGAACCUGCUGCUCCUGUACCUCAUGGCAUGGUUGCUCCAUGGCUGAACCAUGAGAAACAAUCCUGCUCACUUGAGGUGAGGGAGAUUCUCUUGGAAAGCAGGAAGCUGUCUGCCAGAUCAACCUACAAAAUGGACCCAGUUCUCAGUUUGUGCCACCCAGAGGGGAAUCAGCCUUAUCCAGGCUCCACUGCAAAUGAUCCUUGAUUAUGUUCUGCAUCUGAAGAAUGAAGGUCUUGCCCUUGCUUCAAUCAGGCCAUCUCUACACUAUAAGACAAGUCUGGCUCUAUUAUGGUUGAUGUCUGGUCACCCAAUUUUGCAAAGUCAAAGGUCCGUGUCCUCAAUACAGGGAAGAAUUCAAUGUAGUCCGAAGUAGCACUUCCCCAUUAAGGAGCCUGCAUUUGACUUUGAGAGCAGUGCACUGUGGGUAGCUAUUCCACAGUGCCUACGCUGCUUUGGAUUUUGGGAUAUGCUCCCAAUGCAUGCUGGGAUCAAAACUGUGCAGCAGGAGAGUAUGGGUUCAUGUCGUCAGCAUCCCAUAAUGCACUCAUCUAGUCCCUCCCCUGCUCGCUUCAGAUCAAUAGGAAAAAGUUUUUUCAUGCCCUUUUUGCCUUUUGUUGCCAUAGCAGUGUGAGCGUGGAUCCUGUUUUGUAUCAAACCAUUCUGAUGUUGAUAUCUGCCUUGGUGUAUCUAAUGGUGCAAUAUUUUGAGAGUGUACACAUGUCACUUCACCAGGAAAAGGACGAAUCUCCCAAUCGCAUGGAUUUGCUAUUUAUGCAAGCCCUUGCGCUGAUGGAAAAACCGCUGUCGGUCAAUCCUGUGGACACAGUGGAACGCUGGUUCUGGUGCUUUGAGACUAGCCCAGACUGGAAGGUACUGCAUUGUGAUACAGCUAUGGCACGAUUGGCAGUAGCUGCAAAACUUCCAAAUAGGCAAGGCCACUUUCUUGGAACUUUGUGAAGGGCUUUUCCCUGCCCUGAAGAGCAAGAAUACUAGAAUGAGACCCGGUCUGACCAUGAAGCAUGUGGCAUGGCAGUUGCUCUGUAGAAGCUUGUAACAUCAGACAGCUACAUGUCAGUUGGGAUUCAGUUUGGAGUGGGGAAAUCUACUAUGGGGGCUGUUAUACAAGUAAGCAAGGUGAUCAAUGCCAUUGUGCUACAGAGGACUGUGACUCUAGGAAAUGUGGAUACCAUAAUGAAUGGCUUUGCAGCGAUGGGGUUCCCAAAACAGCAGUGGAGCAAUAGAGAGAAUGCAGAUCCUCAUCUUGGCCCCCGACCACCUUGCAAAGGAGUAUAUAAACUGCAAUGGAUACUUCUCCAUGGUGCUGUAAGCUUUGGAGGAUCACAAGCGCUGUUUUACCAACAGUUUCCUAACAGAUAGUUAGGAAAGGUGCACGAUGUGCACAUCUUUAGGGACUCCUUCCUCUUCAGAAAGAUGCAUACUGGAACUUUUUUUUUUCUCAGAUCAGAAAAUUAAAGUUGGAGGAGUGGAAAUGCUAAUAAUGAUCCUUGGCAACCCAACCUACUUCUUGCUCCUGUGGCUCAUGAAGUCAUACAUGGGCUGCCUGGCCCCCAGUAAGGAGCAGUUCAACUACAGGCUGAGCAAGUGCAGAAUGGUGAUGGAAUGUGCUUUUAGACAUUUAAAGGGACGGUUUAGGAGUCUCCUGACUAGGUUGGAUCUCAGCAAAUGCAACAUUACCUUUGUGGUGUUGACCUGCUGUGUGCUCCAUAAUCUUUGUGAGAGCAAGGGGGAAAGGUAUGUGGCAGGUGGAGGGCAGAGGCAGAGCAUCUAAAUAGAAACUGAGCAGCCAGACACCAGGGUGAUAAGGAGAGCACAGUGCAGGACAGUGCAAAUCAGAGGCACUUUGAAAGAAAGUUUUAUGAAUGACCAGUUUUGAGAUUCAUGCAUACUGCUGUCAGUGAGAUACCACUGCAUUCACUAUGUUUGCCUGUAAUCCCUCAUCCCACCCCUGCAAUACAAGUAAUAAAAAGCCUGUUGUUCAGAAAUCAUGUUGUUUUGUUAUUUAGGGAAUACAGCAAGGAAAUAAAAGAAGUCCAUGGUGGGAACCUGGUGUGUGUGGGGAGGGAGGGGGGGCUUAGAAAUGUGUGAAGGACAGCCUUUUGCCUCCUGAGCUCCUGGAGGCUAAGGCUGCCUUUGGGUGCCCCCCUGCUCCCAUGUCCGGGAGUCCCUGGGGGUGGAGGCUAUGGAACUGUGGGAGGGGGAAAAGUUAUUUUGCAUGGGGCGAACAGGGUUCCAGGGUGGGAGAUGAUCUCCAGGCACUUCAUUACUGUUGUCAGGGAGGUAAAGAUAUUGUCCUGUUGCCUGGCCUGCAACUCCCUGCACACUCUCCUCUUCUGCUGUUGCGUGACUCUGUCCUGGCACUUGGCCUGCAUCUCCUCCAAGAGCAUACUUAACCAGUCCAUUUGUUCCUUGAACAUGUCUUCCCUUGACUGUUUUCACCUGCGGAUCUGCACCAGGCUGGGAGCUGGUGGAGCUGGGAGAGUACACAGUGAGCUGGCUGCUGUUCCCACUGUAACAAAAAGUUACAAGGAUACGCACUACAGGAAAUACAUUGUGUUAAACCUAACUCUAAUCUGUUACCAUAUAGCAAAGGUCUCCAUAAAAACAAUGGAGAUGUGUACUGUGCACGGCCAAAGUUUUGCUUUAAAGUGGUCACUUGUUCAGCAGUUACACAGCAGAGUUCUCGAGGGAACCUCUAGACUUAUGUGGAAGCAGGCAUGAUAAGGGGUCUGGAAGGGAACAAUCCUGCAGAAAGUGGGAGAACGGAGUCUGGUCAUCCAGCACACACGGCUUUCAAGGACAGUGCUACUUUCGCAGCCUGCAGGAGCCUGCAGGUGGGAGGGGGGCAAUGGGGCAAGGAGGCUUCCCUCUGUGUCUGGCACAUGCAGCUUCCCAGGGAAGGUGCUAAUAACUUCCCCUUUUCCUGCAUGCAGGUUGCCAUGCAAGAUAUCCGUAUUCUCCGAGUCAUAUAGAGUGAUAGGGAAAGCAUGCUGGCUGAAUAUGACCAGAAACCUGGGCCUUAUUUCUGCAAUGCUUUGUGGUUCAGUGACACAAGACUACUUAGUGGUGGCUUGGUGUGUGAAGGUGUCCUACCAUGAAGGACGGAAUAAGGCUGGCCUCCCUAGAAAUCUUGUAAGAGUGAUCAAAGAGUUCCUAUCUGAGAGCUUCAUGGAGCUAUUCAGGGACGACUCCCACUCUAUCUGCAGACACAUUAACAAGCUGUUUUGGGCCCCUCAUGCUGGUUAAUCACAUCACACCCAAUUACCUCAACCUGCUAGUAGUAAGAAGAAAAUUGUGAACUCACCAGAAGUGCCUUCCCCAUGAUCAGUGCUUGGCUGGGAGUCCUCUUGGGAGGAGGGGACUGGCUCCAAUGUGAUAAAAAGUUCUUGGCUCUCAGUGAUCUUCCUCCUCCUCCGCUUCCACCACCUUGUAGUCCUCUAUGCCGAUGAAAGGAAUGUCUUGGCAUGACUAUAUGGUCAGGCUUGGAAAGCUGGUCUUUGUGUAAACAUCUGUUUCUUUUGCUGGAUUGGCACUCAGACAGAAUAGAUUCCUUUUCACACACCUCGAUGAGGUCCAAGAUCUCCUGGCCACUCCACACUGAUGCUCUUCUGUGCCCCAGGGAACUAGAGCUAACGGGACUCCAAGUAUUGGAACUCACGGAAGUGUUGGAAAUCAUGGCCACGUGUGCUGCUCAGGUGUGUUGCCUGCUCUGAAGUGCGCUCACAACACCGGCCACACGGGAAAUGAAAUUCAGACUUUCCUGGGACUUUCCUUGUUCACUUGGAGAGCAGUAGAGGUGCACAUUCUGCUCAGAGUGGUGCAUUGCGGUAUGCCUCCUGGAGGCUAAUAACCUCGACUUUUGCCAAUGCUGUGUCUAUACUAUUGUAAACUUGAGCAGGCAAGGUCGGGAAUAGCGUUACUCCUUGUGAAAUCAGGAGUUCUCGACAUGGACUUCGGCAGCCCUUAAAGUCGACAAGACAGGUUUGGUAGUGUGGACACAUUGUUUAGAAAAUUGACCUUAUGUGGCUAAAAUCAGUGUAAACUCCUAGUGUAGUCCGGGCCUCAGGGUAGACCUGGAAGAUAUGUCAGCCUUCCAUUUGCCAAUCUGAGGUCACUCAGUGUUUUCGCAUGAUAUGGCAGCCAGAGAAGUUGUUCCCACAGAUCCUUUCUAGGCUGACAGGGCCUCCUUUCAAACCACUGGCCUCUGCUCCCUUAUGGUCCUUUCCACCGAGGAGGUCUUUUUAGUGGCAAUUACAUCAGCCAGGAGAGUGUCUGAACUCUGUGCUCUGAUGUCAUAACCCCUGCAUAUGGUCUUUUCCAAGUAUAAUGUAGACUUCAUUUGGCCUUCCUGCCCAAAGUUUUGCCUGUCUUCCACAUGGGCCAGGAUAUCAUCUUUCUAUCCUUCUACCCCAGGCUCCAUAAGACCAGUGAGAAGAGGCACCUCCAUGCACUGAACAUUAGGAGAGCACUUGGUUUUUACCUAGAGUGGACGAAGCUCAUUUGUAAACCCUCCUAGCUCUUUGUCACCUACACGGAUCGCAUGAAGGGUCUUCUGGUAUUCUACAGUGGAUUUCCAAGUGGAUCAUCAUCUGUGUCAGGAGGUGCUACAAGCUGGCAGGUGUUCAAUUCCCCCCCGCCAUUCGUGCAUAGUCUAUAUUCUACCAAGGCACAAGUCUCUUUGGCAGCCGCCUUAGCCUACGUCCCUAUUCAGGCCAUCUGCAAACUGGUGACAUGGUCCUCAGUACAUAAGCUCAUGUCCCAUUUAUGCAGCAGGCCAGAGUUGACACUGGGUUCGGCAGAGCUGUGUUGCCUUCAGCGUGUCCUUAAACUCCUACCCACUUCCGCAGAUGCUGCUUGGAGUCACCUACAUUGAAUGGACACGAGCAAGUGCUUGAAGAAGAAAAGACAGUUACUUGUUUCUGUAACUGGUAUUCAUCAAGGUGUGUUGCUUGUGUUUAUUCAACAUCCCACCCUCC